AUGUUGCAUUCUCUGACAAUACCCAAGAUGGAAUCAAAAGGAUAUUUUCAGAAGGAUUUCGAAAUUAGAAUUGAGAAAUCCGGAAACAAAAGAAUCUGCAACCAUCAAAUACAAACACUUAUUGCAGUUCAAAACAUCAGACGAUUAUUAUUACUUUCAUCGCCCGAUGAAAGAAAAAUACGUAAUAAAAGAAGCAUACGACAUAUGGGUCCAUCCAUAUAA